AUGAGUUCAAAUUUUACUCCAGGAACAGCAGCUGUUCCUACAGCUGAAAUCGAGUUAUCAAUAUCUUGCAGAUCACUGCAAAGUAAAGAUUUGCUCUCUAAAUCUGAUCCCAUCUGUAUAACUUUCAUACACCCUUUUGGUGAAAAAAGGUGGGUUGAAUAUCAUAGGACAGAAUGCAUUAACGACAAUCAUGAUCCUGACUUUUUGUCAAAAGUAAAAAUUCAGUAUUGUUUUGAAGAGCAACAAAAUUUAAAGUUUGAAGUUUAUGAUGUUGACAGUAAUAGUACUUGUCUGUCUGAUCAUGAUUUCUUAGGUUCUGUACAAUGUACUGUAGGACAGUUAGUUAGUAAUGGAAGUGUUAAAUUGGCAUUAAGUCCUACAAAUGGUGGAAUCGGUGACGGUUCUUGUGGUUACAUUAUUAUAGUUGCUGAAGAAUUGUCUACAUUAAAAGAUGAAAUAACCUUUCAAUUCUCUGGAAUAGGUUUAGAUAAAAAAGAUUGGUUUGGGAAAUCUGAUCCUUUUUUAGUUAUUCAUAAAUCUACUGAAUCUAAUUUAUAUGUGGUGGUACACAAGACAGAAGUUAUAAAAAAGACAUUGAAUCCAAAGUGGAAAAAAUUUACUAUACCUAUUGCAACAUUAUGCAAUGGAGAUUUGGAUAGAAAUUUAAAAAUAGUUUGUUGGGAUUGGAAUUCGAGUGGUAACAACAGUCUUAUUGGAGAAUUUUAUACUACUUUGAGAGAGUUGAGUGAAAGUGAGCCUGGAUUAAAAAAAAUACCUCUUAUACAUCCAGACAAAAAAAAGUCAUCUAGUUAUAAACAUUCUGGAGAGAUUCUGCUCGAGUAUUUUGAGAGAUCUUCCGUUGAUUCCUUUUUAGACUAUAUAAGAGGUGGAGUCCAACUUCAUUGCUCAAUUGCAAUCGAUUUUACUGGUUCUAAUGGUGAUCCUUUAUCUCCUGAUUCACUUCAUUACAUUAGCGAGCAGCCUAAUUAUUAUGAGCAAGCCAUUAUUUCAGUGGGACAAAUCAUAAAAGACUAUGACUCUGAUCAACUAUUUCCUGUAUUAGGAUUUGGAGCUCGUCUACCUCCAGAUGGACGAGUUUCACAUGAAUUUUUUGUCAACAUGCAUCCAACCAAUCCAUACUGCCAUGGAAUAAAUGGAGUUUUAGAAGCAUAUCGCAGUUGCAUUCGUCAAAUUCAAUUAUUCGGUCCAACAAAUUUUGCACCAAUAAUUAAUCACGUCGCAAAAUUUGCAGCUUCUUAUAAAGAUGGCUCAAAUUAUUUUAUUUUGUUAAUAUUGACGGAUGGAAUCAUUACCGACAUGCCUCAAACAAUCCAGGCUAUUGUUCAAUCUUCAUCUCUGCCGUAUUCCAUAAUUAUUGUCGGAAUUGGAAAUGCGGAUUUUUCUGCAAUGGAAACACUCGAUGCAGACACGGUUGCUCUUCAACACAAUGGAGUAAAAGCACAAAGAGACAUUGUACAGUUUGUUUCGUUUAAUAAGUUUUUAUCUAUUGCUGAUCCUGGUACAGCUAGAAAUCGAUUGGCGCGAGAAGUUCUUGCCGAAAUUCCUAGACAGUUUAUGAGUUACAUGAAAAUUAAUCAAAUUCGUGCCAAAAAUCCUAAAAAAGAUAUAACUUUCUUGCCCCCAGAUCCUGAGACAUUGUAA